AUGAAUGUAAAACCUAUUAUCAAACAAGGUUGGUUAAAAGUGAAAACAGCAUCUCAUUCGAAAUGGCAUCGUCGUUAUUGCACAGCUCAAUUAGGCAUCAUAUUUCUAUCAUCAAAACCCAAUAGUCGUUAUCAAGACUGGAUUCAAUUGAGAUAUGAUUCGAUUGUUAAUGAUUAUGAACAGUCACAAACAGCAAGUUCAGAGUAUAGUCAUUUACCGUUUGUAAUAGAAAUCAGAACAAAACUUGAUAGUACGCGUGAUUUAUUACAUGCUGAAACAAAACAAGAGUUUGACUCAUGGUUGAUAGCAACGAAACGAGCGGCCUUCUCACAAAAUGGUGGUGGCAUUUUUGGUCAAUCGCUACAGGAGACAUACGAUUAUGCAAAAGAUAAAACAAGUUUUGUACCUUUAAUUGUUCAGCAUUGUUGUGAACAUCUCUUGAAAUAUGGAUCAAAUUAUGUUGGAUUAUUUCGUAUACCUGGCAAACAAACAGUGAUUAAAGAAUUACGUGAUAUGUAUGAUCGUGGUAUUGUGGUUAAACUCGAUAAAACGUAUGCUCCAGCCACCGUCUCAUCAUUACUAAAAAUAUAUUUACAAUCAUUACCCGAACCGAUCAUUCCCGAUCUUGAUUUUGAUAGUUUUCUUGAAAUUGGUUGUAGUUUCAAAUACCAGAAUGAAAAUGAACGAGAUGAGAAAAUAUCUCGCUUGAAACAAACGAUUCUAAAUUUACCAGACAUUAAUUAUCAUGUUCUUAAAUAUUUAUGUUUAUUUAUGAAAAAAAUAUCUGAUCAAUCAUCGGUGAAUAAAAUGGAUAGUGAAAAUUUAUCUGUAGUAUUUGGUAGUAACAUUAUUCGACCUCCAGAAAAACUUGACAUGAACAUGAUCAAAGGACAUAACUUUAAUCUGUUACCAUUAAUGAAAGUUUUAAUUGAUGAAUCUGAAGAAUUAUUUAAUGUAAGUUUACAAUAA